GUGGGGGCGGAGCUAAGCAAGCGUCGGCGCUGGGUAGACGGAAGUGGCUGUUGAGGGGAUUUAAGGUAGCUUUAAAUUCCUGCUGUCUUGAAAGUUCAGUCUCUUCAGCUGGAGUAGGGCUCCGCGCGACGGAUGGCUGUGGACGUGAAGUCGCGAGCAAAGCGUUAUGAAAAGCUGGACUUCCUCGGGGAGGGACAGUUUGCCACGGUUUACAAGGCCAGAGACAAGAACACCAACCAAAUUGUCGCCAUUAAGAAAAUCAAACUUGGACAUAGAUCAGAAGCUAAAGAUGGUAUAAACAGAACAGCCUUAAGAGAGAUAAAAUUGUUACAGGAGCUAAGUCAUCCAAAUAUAAUUGGUCUCCUUGAUGCUUUUGGACAUAAAUCUAAUAUUAGCCUUGUCUUUGAUUUUAUGGAAACUGACCUAGAGGUUAUAAUAAAGGAUAACAGUCUUGUGCUAACACCAUCACACAUCAAAGCCUACAUGUUGAUGACUCUUCAAGGAUUAGAAUAUUUGCACCAACAUUGGAUUCUACAUAGGGAUCUAAAACCAAACAACUUGUUGCUAGAUGAAAAUGGAGUUCUAAAACUGGCAGAUUUUGGCUUGGCAAAAUCAUUUGGGAGCCCUAAUAGAGCUUAUACACAUCAGGUUGUAACCAGAUGGUAUCGGGCUCCUGAGCUACUAUUUGGAGCUAGAAUGUACGGUGUAGGUGUGGACAUGUGGGCUGUUGGCUGUAUAUUGGCAGAGUUGCUUCUAAGGGUUCCAUUUUUGCCGGGAGAUUCAGACCUUGAUCAACUAACAAGAAUAUUUGAAACUUUGGGCACACCAACUGAAGAACAGUGGCCUGACAUGUGUAGUCUUCCAGAUUUCGUGACGUUUAAGAGUUUCCCUGGAAUCCCGCUACAACAUAUCUUCAUUGCAGCAGGAGAUGACUUGCUAGAUCUCAUACAAGGCUUAUUCUUAUUUAAUCCAUGUACUCGAAUUACAGCCACACAGGCAUUGAAAACUAAGUAUUUCAGCAAUCGGCCAGGGCCAACACCUGGAUGUCAGCUGCCAAGACCAAACUGUCCAGUGGAAGCUUUAAAGGAACAGUCCAAUCCUGCUGUGGCAACAAAACGGAAGAGAACAGAGGCCUUGGAACAAGUCUCUCAGCACCUCAACGGAAAGCACAGAUUGGGAGCUGUACCUCUCAUCAUAUUUUCAAUAGAGUUUAAUUAAAUGGACACAUUUAAUGUUGGGUUUCACUGUCAUUUUCAGUAUUCCUUCUUGGCAGUUUCCCUUUAAUCAUCUAGUGCUCUGAUUUUUUUCCUGUUAAACAUGGCCUUGUGUAAAUAGAAGAGUACUGUAAAACAGAGACUCUCCUGCCACAUGGUUUCAUCUGCUUAAGUAAGACCCAGUGGGCCCUCUUUUUCCAUAGUUGCCAGAUUUUCACAACUAUGUGAAAUAUCAGUUAUAUUCUCCAUCAUGUUAACUGUGCUUAGUUUAUUGAUUAUAACCAAAACCAACUGAAUUGAUACCUGAUCACUGCCAUUAUAAUUCAUACUUACCA